AUGUCUUUUUCCGAUUUAUACGCUAAAUAUAAUUGUUCAUACUGCCAAGAAGAAAUAAACGGUGUUCGCGUAAAAUGUGCAGAGUGUACAGAUUUUGAAAUUUGUUUGCAGUGUUUUACUCUUGGUGCUGAAAGUGGACAACAUAAAAACGAUCAUGAGUAUCAAUUUUUGGAUGCUGGAGCUUUUGGAAUAUUUUUAGGUCGUAAUAGUUGGUCAGCUAGUGAAGAAGUUCGGUUAUUAGAUGCUAUAGAACAGUUUGGCUUUGGUAAUUGGGAAGUUAUUUCAAAACAUAUUGAAACUCGGACACCAGAAGAAACAAAAGAUGAAUACAUAGCCAGAUAUUUAGAGGGAAGUAUAGGCCGGGCAACAUGGGGUAGCAUUGAAAGUGCAAGCCGUCCUGCAUUACACUGCCCUGAUAAUGACCAUGGUCCUCUCAGCCCCACUGCUGUGUCUCGUCUUCCACCAGUCAGCGUCAGUUCUGAUGAAGCAGCACAGCUGGGUUACAUGGCUAAUAGAGAUGACUAUGAAAGGGAACAUGAUCAUGAAGCCGAACAGUUGAUAUCCACAUUAUCUUUAAACCCAGAAGAUGAUGAAUUGGAUGUUGCACUUAAGUUAUCACAAGUAGACAUUUACACAAGAAGACUCCGUGAGAGAACAAGAAGAAAACGGCUAGUGAGAGACUUUCAGCUAGUCUCUGUGUUCUUCAAUAACCAAAGGAAUAAGCAAAAAACUUUAGGAAAACUUGCCAAAGAGAAAAAGGAAUUCAUGGAUCGCCUCCGGUGGACAUCACAGUUCUACGGGCGUUCAGAGCAAGCCGCCGUAGUGGGCGGUCUAUGGCGGGAGCGAGAGCUGCGCGUGCGGCUCGCCGAGUUGCACCGGUAUCGCCUCGCGGGGGUCACGCGGCUCGAGGAGUGCGCCCACUACGAGCAACACGCGCACCACAGGCGACACGCGGGCGCCCAUGCGCACACGCAUGACCGCGACGGCAGCAGUGGGUGUCUGGACACGCCGACAAAAGAAUCAGCGCCGAUCGGGCAGCAGCUAAGAAAAAAAGACGGAGAAAGCGUCUCAAGUUCCACCAGCCCAAAGUGCACACGGGACGCAAGUACCGGAUGUGGAUGCUCCAAAAAGAAUUGCUGCAACGCCGCUGUGCUGCCGAAGCAGCUGCUCAACACUAAUGAAAUACAGAUAUGUAAUUCCCUAAAUCUACCACCGACGCAGUACAUAACGAUGAAGGGGAUGCUCCUGCGCCGGCCGGCCACGCCAAAUUGCGAGCUAGACCACGCCCUCAAACACUAUUUGAACGCGGCGGGAUGGAUACGCAACUAA